AAAAUACCAAGUAUUCUGAAGUGAUCGAAGUUAAAAAGAAGUCUUAUUGGGAGGAGUCGACAUAAAAUAAUCAGAGAAGAUUUACAUUUAUCCGAAAAUAUGAUUGUAUAGAACCAAAAAGAAGGAAACAAGUAUCAAUCAUCCAAUUGUGUUUGCCACACAAAUAAGAUAUUGUUUGAAGAACCAAACUUAUUGUUAGGGAUAGAAGGUUAAAAUGGCGUCUGAUGAAGAAAUGUCUUCACGUAAAAAGUCACAUAAGAGUUUAAACGAUAAAAAAAGGAAACAUAGUAAAAAACAAGAUAAGGAAAGUAGGAAGAAGAUGAAACGUAGUCCCUCAACUUCCAGUAAUACUAGUAGUGGCAGUGACAAUGAAGUUUGGGUUGAAAAAACUAUUGAAACUAUACAAUCUGUACAAAAAACUACUUCAGAUAAUAAUACAAAAGAGUCUCUUAAGAGAGACGAAUGGAUGACUCUUGGAAAUUUAUUUCCAUGUAUAUCUCGGUCUGAUUUACAAAGUAGUAAACAGGAAUUACAGAAGAAAGAUAAUAAUACUUCGUCAAUCCUUGAUAAGCCAGGACAAAGUAAUAAGGAAUUAAAUCCUUAUUGGAAAGAUGGAGGUACUGGUUUACCUCAAAAUGAACCUGACAAAUUCGUCAAUAAAAAAGUAAUGGAUCCUAUUUGGUUAAAAAGGUCAUUGCAACGUGCUAAAGAACAAGCUUUGGAGGAAGGAAAAUCUUUAGAAGAAAUAGCUGCCGAAAGAUGGGGUUCUCUAGAAACUAUAAAUGCAAUGAUAGCAGAAGCGGAACAAUCAUCCUCCAAGUAUAAUAAAAAUUAUGAACCUAAUAAUAGUCGUUAUCGUGAUAGAUACUCUAAUAGAUAUAGAGAAUCAGAAAAGGAUCGUUCUUGGUAUAAAUCACGAAAUCGGGAUAAUGAACAAAAACGUGAACCUUAUAGAUCUGAUAAACCAUUGCGUAAACCAAAUUAUCAAAAACCUGCAGAUGAUAAUGAUUAUCGUUACACAUCAUCAGCAGCUUCAAAUAAGUCAAAUUCACAUCGUUCAAAAAAUUGGAAAAAAGAUAAUGGUACUAGAAAUCAAUCGGAAUUAAAUGUAGAAGAAACAGUUACUGAAAAAAUUGUGGAAAAGGACGAACAAACUUUUGAAUCAAACAUACAAUCAAGUGAUAUUUUAACCAAAGAAGAAAUGAAUAAAUUAGGAGCAAAAAUUAUCAAAGCUGAACUAAUGGGUGAUAAUGAAUUAGCAAAUCGUUUAAAGGAACAAUUAGAAAAAGCAAGAGAAUGUUCAAAUCAAGCAGAUAAAUCUGAAACGGAAAAUAUUAUUCUUUCAAGAACAGAUUCAAAAGGUGUUACAAGACCCAUACAACCAAGGUGUCAACCUAAAGAUUCUUCAACUAAAUCUAAAAAGAAUAAGAACGUGGAAACACAUGUUUCUGGUGAACGAGUUCGUUACUUCGGUGAUGACGAUAAAUAUUCAUUGCAACAACUGUUUCAGCGCGAAAAAGGACGUUCUGUGGAUGAUGACAAUGCUGCGUUUGUUAAAAUUGCAUCUAAGAACAUGGAUAUGAACGAUAUAUUUGAAGAAAAAAUUGCACGAGCAGAUACGGAUAGUAGACAAGAUGAUCGAGAUAAAGCGAGGGCGAUUAAAGAACAUAAAAGAAUAUCGAAAAGUCUGGAAGGAUGUUCGUGGUGCUUAGAAUCCAAAAAUAUGAUCAAGCAUAUGAUUGUUGCAAUGGACUCUAACAUUUGUCUUAGUCUUCCGACCAGAGUAUCAUUAGUAACUGGACAUUGUAUAUUAACACCUUUACAACAUGUAUCUUGUCAAUUGCAAUUAGACGAAGAUGUUUGGGAGAAUAUGAAGAUUUUUAAACAAACAUUAAUUAAAAUGUUUAUGGAUUCCGAACAAACUCCAGUAUUUUUUGAAAUCUAUAAAAAUCGUCAUAGAUUUCCACACAUGCAAUUGGAAUGUGUUCCAAUGCCCAAUGAAAGUGCAGAUUUAGCACCCAUGUACUUCAAGAAAGCCUUGUUAGAAUGUGAAACUGAAUGGAGCAUCAACAAAAAACUUAUUGAUUUACAAAACAAGGAUUUACGUAGAUCAAUACCAAAAGGAUUACCAUAUUUUAUGGUAGAAUUUGGAGAUAAGGAUGGAUAUGCCCAUGUAAUUGAAGAUGAACGCAUGUUCCCGACCAAUUUUGCUGAGGAAAUAAUUGGUGGAAUAUUAGAUUUGGAUCAUAAUCUAUGGAGAAAACCAAAAAGGGAAACUUUUGAACAACAAAGAGAAAAGGUAUUAAAUUUUAAGAAAACAUGGGACAAAUAUAAACAUUAAUUAGUUAACAAUUAUGUAAAUACAUUUGAUAAAAAUGUAUGGGUUAAUAUUUAACUCUUUGCAUUCGAGAGGUUACUCUCGGUCUGUAUAUAAGAAGAUAUUAUUAUAUGUUAUUAUGGGUUAAUAUUUAACUCUUUGCACUCGAGAGGUUACUCUCGGUCUGUAUAUAUGAAGAUAUUAUUGCAAUAGAAGAAGAACGUGAAAAUAAUUUUCAUUUGUAAAUAAUGUUGCACUGUUACAGGGGGA